AUGACCAACACAAAGGGAAAGAGGAGGGGCACCCGCUACAUGUUCUCUAGGCCUUUUAGAAAACAUGGAGUUGUUCCUUUGGUCACAAACAUGCGAAUCUACAAGAAAGGUGAUAUUGUAGAUAUCAAGGGAAUGGGCACUGUUCAAAAAGGAAUGCCCCACAAAUGUUACCAUGGCAACUCGGGGAGAGUCUACAGUGUUACCCAGCAUGCUGUUGGCAUCAUUGUAAACAAACAAGUUAAGGGCAAGAUUCUUGCCAAGAGAAUUAAUGUGCGUAUCGAGCAUAUUAAGCACCCUAAGAGCCGAGAUAGCUUCCUGAAACGGGUGAAGGAAAAUGAUCAGAAAAAGAAGGAAGCCAAAGAGAAAGGUACUUGGGUACCUUUCUCUGGGUACCACCCAGAGAAGCGCACUUCGUGA